GGGAGCUGCGGACUCGCGGAGCUGCCGCUGCGUCUCCUUCUGCUCCUGCUCGUGCUGCUGCUGCUCCUUCUCCCUGCCUCCCAGCUGCUCACCGCUACCCAGGCGGUGUGCGUGCACCUGCAGCCCUUUGAUCCUAUCGUUGUCGCCGUCUCCUGGGACAACUUUGCACUGACCCCGAGCUUCCAGCGGGACAUCCCUCCAGCGCACCACGCCCACCACAAGGAUCCGCAGAAGGUGAGGCCCAUCUGGUCCAAAUACGAGGCUGGCCGCGACGUCGUGGCCCUCGCCGCGCGCGGCGGCGGCGAGUACGAUGUCAGCGAUGCCGACAUCCAGGCGUUCUACGACGAGACGAUUUCGGGUAACGGCGGCGACCCCCCGAAGGGUACGAUCGCGGCGGAGCUCAUCGUCAAGCACUUCCACGGGGGACAUCGCCGUCGGCAGAUGAAGCUGGGCAAGAACGUCGUCAAGGGCGGCCCCGGGAGCGACGAGACCCAGAAGGUGAUGGACGACGGAAAGGGCUGGGUCUGGCUGGCCGCAGACAUGAGCCCUGGCGGCCUUGCUGUGCAGCUGUACACUUCCGUGCCCUACGGCAAGCGCCCGCUGCUGGUUGCCAAGCGCUCUGAGGUGGACACCAUGUUCGAGAAGGUGAACUGGGACCUCAUGGACAAGCGCAUUGACACCACCAUGGGCGGGCCCCAGCUGUACGCCUUCGUGCCCUACGGAAAGCGCCCGCUGCUGGUUGCCAAGCGCUCUGAGGUGGACACCAUGUUCGAGAAGGUGAACUGGGACCUCAUGGACAAGCGCAUUGACACCACCAUGGGCGGGCCCCAGGUGAAUCAGCGCGACUCUGGCCUUGGGCUCAGAAUCUCUCGGUCCCGCUCGGCGCCGUUCGCCCGGCCGCGUGCUGCCAUGGCUCCCCUCCGCGGCACCGCGCUGCCGGCCUGCCUGGCCAUCGCGCUCGGGUUCUACCUCCUGCCGAGCGCCUUCGCGGCGCCCGCGCCCACGGCUCGUCCGGCCGCCUCGGUGGCCACCGCGCGGGGGCAGGUGGCCCUCGCCGCGCGCGGCGGCGGCGAGUACGAUGUCAGCGAUGCCGACAUCCAGGCGUUCUACGACGAGACGAUUUCGGGCAACGGCGGCGACCCCCCGAAGGGUACGAUUGCGGCGGAGCUCAUCGCCAAGCACUUCCACGGGGAGCAGAUGAAGCUGGGCAAGAACGUCGUCAAGGGCGGCCCCGGGAGCGACGAGACCCAGAAGGUGAUGGACGACGGAAAGGGCUGGGUCUGGCUGGCCGCAGACAUGAGCCCUGGCGGCCUGGCGGUGCAGCUGUGCACUUCCGUGCCCUACGGCAAGCGCCCGCUGCUGGUUGCCAAGCGCUCUGAGGUGGACACCAUGUUCGAGAAGGCGAACUGGGACCUCAUGGACAAGCGCAUUGACACCACCAUGGGCGGGCCCCAG